AUGGCCACCUUCAGGGAGGCAAGAGAGGCUCUUUUGCUUGCUAAUGCCUUGGAUUUGAUCGCCGAUGAAGAAAUGCUGUUACUCUACGACGUUAACACUUCAAAGAAUCUUGACAUUCCUUACUGGAAGUACGAAAAAUUCAAUCUGGACUCUCUUUCCGACGACGAAUGCAAAAGCGAAUUCCGUUUCUUAAAACAUGAUAUCUACAAUCUGCUCGACGUUCUGGAUCUUCCUGACAAAAUUACCUGCCCAAAUCGUUUUUAUGUUUACAGUGAUGAAGCGCUAUGUUUGCUUCUGCGUCGUUUUGUUUUCCAU